AUGGCCGAAUUCAGUGCGCCAGAGAUACAAGUGAAUGCUAAUGGCUGGGGCCCCUGCCAAGUCCCGGAGAAGUUUAAGGAUAUGCCUUACCAACCUUUUGGCAAGACUGAUCGUCUUGGAAAAGUUUCUGACUGGACUGGUGCUACGUACACUGACCGCAAGUAUGCGAAUAAGUAUACUUCUACCUUCGCCAGCAACCACCAGUACACUUACUACUACGAAGACGAUGACACCUCUUACGAAAACCCGGUAUUUGACAAGCGUAGAGAUGCCUCCGUUAAAGUUGGUGAAGAUUGGAACAUUCUCCGCGAGAUCGACUUUUCUCAACUCGCCACGCUGCGUAUGAAUGAGCUUCCUCGUGGGGAAGAUCUCUACACUUGUGGUUCUGUCGAAGCUUACGACUCUACUUAUGAUCGAAUCACACCCAAGAAUGAGCGACCAAUGAAGAAGUCUUCCGCGGACCGAAAUUUCAACACCUGUGCCGAUACCACCACCGACGAUCCCAUCAUCCGAGAAAGCCGUCACAAGGGCCAGGUCUUCGCCACCGACCACAUUUUGGCAACCUUGAUGACUGCUGGCAGGUCCGUCAUCCCUUGGGAUAUCAUUGUGAGAAGAAUCGGCGAUAAACUUUUCUUCGAUAAGCGCGCUACGUCAAACAUCGAUAAGAUUUCUGUCAACGAGACAGCAAACGACCCCCCAAGUGAAGAGAACAACACCGGCAUCAACGAUCCCAGAAAUCUUACCCUCGAAGCUACUUACGUUAACAAAGUUUUCGGUCAACAAUGUCUGAGACAGGGAGAGUGGACCGACCUCGCGAACAAGAACCCCUACAUCGAUCCCGGCAUGAAAAAGGAUCGAAUCGCCUCUGCAGGUUACCGCUACCGAAAGUGGACUCUCGGAGAGUACACUCUUGUUGCCAGAACCACCGUCGAUGCUGUCGUUCAAAACAAGAAAACCGGUGCCAAGGGCUUCGCUAUUGUGCGGGCUUUGAACGAAUGGGACUCCAAAAUGACUGGGGACUGGCGUAAAAAACUUGAGCAGCAGCCUGGUGCAGUUUUGGCCACAGAAAUGAAGAACAACAACUGCAAGCUCGCCAAAUGGACUUGUCAGGCAGUCAUGGCUGGCGCCGUUCUGAUGAAACUCGCUUACAUCUCACGAAACAGCCAGCGAAACAACAGAGAACACUCCGUACUCCAAGUUUCGCAAUUCACGCCCUCACAGUUUGCUGCUCAGAUGCAACUGCAGCUUGAAAACUCUUGGGCCGUGCUUAGGGCAAUUAUUCACGAGUGCAUGCAGUUGAGUCAAGGAAAGUAUCUUCUUCUCAAGGAUCCCAACAACCAGAAGCUCAUUCUGUAUUCAAUUCCCGAAGAUACCUUUUCAUCCUCAGAGGAUGAGUCAAGCGACGAUGAUGAAGGAUCGAAUGGAAAUAUCGGUCAGUGCAAUAUGGCCUCUUUUGCUCACGCAAAUCUUGUCGAUUUUGAUUGCCGGCACUGCGUUUGGUUCAAAAGACGUUCAACGAAGCGCCUUUUGAACCAACAAAGUCCAACAUUUCAAUCCUUUGGAACGUACGUCCUGAUCGCAUUGGUCUACAUUCCGGUUUACAUUUAUAAAACAGAAACCUCUUUCUCUGCAUUGACAGCACUCAUCGACUUCGAAGCCAAUUACACAAUCGUCAAAGCGUAUCAGUACACUUCGAUUACGUCAGUUCAAAUGCUCGACUCCGCCACACUCUUUUUCGUAUUCGUUUUCUCGUUAAUCUUCCUCCAACGCAAAUACUCAAAAAUUCACUACUUGCUCAUCGUUGUUGUCCUUGGAGGAGUUGCUUUGAUGAUCUACGCUGAUGUUUCAAACUCGCCAGAAGACGGGAUCGGCGCAGAGUGGCUAGGAUCUGUUCUCGUCAUCAUCGCUUGUUUCUUGUAUGCUACCAGCAAUACGGCAAUGGAAUACAUCGUCAAACAUUCACAGAACGGGACUCUCAUGCCCGUCGCGUUUUUCUUAACCUCUGCCGUUUUCACGAACCUUGGUCUUCUCACCGCAGAUGUGUAUGCAUUAAUAUUCGGCAUCUUUGUCUUUGACGAAAACUUUGACUAUUUCUAUUUGAUAUCAUACUUCGUGAUUUUCGGGGGUCUCCUGGGCUUUCAUAUAGAAACGUGGCGCUUCGAAAAACGAAUAAAGAAUGAACCAAAGGACGCUGAAGAUUUGGUCCAACAAAAUGAGGAAAACGAUGAUGAUUCUACGACAGAUUCUCGGCUAGAAUUCGCAGAAUUAUGA